AUGCAGCAUGCUACCAUACUGAUAAUCGUCCAAGCAUUACUGGUUGUCCUGGCACUGGCCGUUGUUAUUCUCCGAUGCUGGACUCGACUUAAUGUUGAAGGGAGGAGGCUAUUGGCUUCCGACUAUUUUGCGUGGGUAGGCUGGAUAUUUGCUCUGGCGUGGUUUAUCUCUUCUGCGACCGCGACGCGCAUCAAGGGGGACGAAGACACGUACGUCGACGACGAGGACCGAGUUCAUAGCGUUGCGUACUUGAAGUGUGUCUUUAUUGCCGAAUAUUGCUUCGACAUUGGAAUCUAUUUCCCGAAACUCUCGAUCACGGCCUUUUACUGGCAUUUAAUACCCAACGUGUUUCGAUCACUGAGGAUAGCGUUGCCCAUCUCAACUAACUGGGAUAUCGAAAAUCAAUGGGACUCAGCAUGGAAUUCCAUGACCAAUUUCUUUACGCAAUGGUCCAUGAACUUCUCAACAGAUCUACUACUCUUCUGCUUCCCAUUCUUUAUGCUUAACCAUCUAAUGCUCCGCAAAGAACAGAAACUCGCCCUCGUUGGAGUCUUCUCUCUGGGUGCAAUUACGUUAGCCGUUGGCCUCACCCGCUUCGUCAUUAGCCAUAUAGCAGACUACUCUCUCGACGACGCAUCCGGAAACACACUAUGUACCGCAGAAAUGACGACUGCUGUAAUAGUCGUUUGCCUUCCAGGUCUGAAGAAACUUAUCAAAAGGACCAGAACGCCUGGAGGAACUGGUCUCGGAUCUGGAACGGCAUAUACAUCGGAUAGUCAGCCAUUGAAGUCAAGGCAGGCGACGCAGAGUUAUGCUGAAUAUGGAGUGAGGGAUGAUGAAUUUGAUGAUGACGUACAAGAAGGGCCGGAGCAGCCAUGCAUGAUGUGGGAGGCCGACCAACGACAGGUCAUAUACUCCGCUUCUUCCACCAGGCAGUACUCGCCCAACUCUCCGUAUUCAUCCUUCUUUCUGACCUUUGCUGUCCUGAAACAGAUCCACUUAGCACAUUUUAACUCAUCUGUCAAACCGUCUACACCAUCGCCUGCCAUGGAACAACAAACUUCUCCCCAGCCUGGUAACGGGGAAACGGGCACUUCUACAAAGGUCAUCAAGGGCCCAAAAGGCCUCAAACGAUUGUUAAAGGCACUUGAUGGACUCCCAACCAAACCGCCCUCAAUCUAUCUCGACGUCUCUAGCAAUCAAGAGGAGUUAAUCAACCUUCAGCUGCUGAUUCUCCCAACCAACAAAGUCUACGUGGUCGACAUUAAAAGCCUUGGCACAACCGCCCUCUCUGCUGUCGGCGAAGAAGGAGAAUUCCAAUCCCUUCGCCUGAUCCUCGAGUCAAAGACCAUUACCAAAGUGGGCUUCGACAUCCGCGACAUGUCCAGGCUCUUAUUCCAACAGUUUAACGUGUCACUCGGUGGCAUGUAUGACCUUCAGCUCAUGGAACUUGCGAGCAGAGAAGAAGGGAAGUCGAAGAAGUUUCUUUCAGGUCUUGCGAAAUGCAUCGACAUAGAUGUCCCAAGCACUGACGCAACCAAGCUUCGGUGGCUGCAGCCGGAUGUCAUUACCAACAUGCACAUGUUCAACAGUCUCGGCCAUGCUCCUAACCGAUCUAUGCGACGAGUAGAGAUGUUCCCUGCGUUGUGGAAGGUCUACAGGCAAAGGCUUGGCAGACCUGGUGAGGCGUUCUGGCUUGCGCACGCGCGAUGCGAGUCUCAGGAGAGAGUGCAACAGUCUAAACAUGAUCCAGGAAGCCAGAAUGGCCGGCAUCUAGGUCCGGAUAUGUGGUGGGAUAAAGAGCAGAGAGAAGCUGCCAUUGACGACUGGAACGAUGAGCUUCUCAUGGAAAUCAGGCUCGGCGAGUGGAAGCUUAACGAUGACGCUGAAUGGGUAUCUGACCAUAGUCGCGAUAACGAGGACUCGCUGUUCGACUAUUGA